CUCACCACAACCACAAUGAACUCCUUCGCGACUAGAUUCUCAACAACUGGCGCAGAGGCGGAGAUACGCAAGGCGAAGGAAAUUACAGGCGAGGACGAUGGCAUGUCGGACGCGAUGUGGGGGUCAGAGGCUGGUUUGGGAGGGAUGGUCAAUGGCGGACUUACAUUCGCUAUGCCUGCUGUUCACGAUCCAACAGCAUUCCUUAGGCUGCACACCGAUGACCACGCGGAUCCUAACUGCAGGAUCAAAAUCCAGCACGGUACUACCACUCUUGCAUUCAGGUUCAAAGGAGGCGUCAUCGUUUCUGUGGACUCAAGAGCUACAGCGGGUAGCUACGUUGCGUCGGGAACCGUGAAGAAGGUCAUCGAGAUCAACCCUUACCUGCUCGGAACUAUGGCUGGUGGCGCGGCGGACUGCCAAUACUGGGAGACGUACCUUGGUAUCCAGUGUCGACUACAUGAACUGAGGAACCGGGAACGGAUAUCUGUGGCGGCAGCCAGCAAGUAUCUCAGCAAUCUCGUCUACAGCUACAAGGGCAUGGGUCUCAGCAUGGGUACGAUGAUUGCCGGCUGGGACAAGACAGGCCCAGCGCUCUUCUAUGUCGAUUCGGAUGGCACUCGUCUCAAGGGUGACCUCUUCUCCGUGGGUUCCGGUUCAACGUUCGCGUAUGGUGUGCUCGACCAGGGGUACCGUUGGGACUUGACAGACGAGGAGGCUCAGGAACUUGGACGAAGGAGUAUCUACGCCGCCGGGCAUCGUGAUGCGUUCUCCGGUAACACGAACAACCUGUACCACGUGAAGGAGGACGGCUGGCACUUCAUCGGCAACUACGACAUUAGCAAGAUGCACUACGACGGACCUGGAGACGUUCCUGGGUCGGCGGGGCAUGGGUAUGGGUACGAUGUUCGUACGAACGGCCGUUAUUCGAUUCUUCCUCCCGCAGUUACGGUUUAAAGCAAUGUGUGGACUGUACUUUCGCGUGUAUAAUCAUGAAUCUCGUCUUUUGUACCUUG